CGCCUUCCACAUCUACUACCUCUUCCUCCUCCUCCUCCUCUUCAAGCUUUUCAGCAUCUGGUGGUCUCUUCCAGCUGCCUGUAAAUCUUAUAAGUCGGAAAUUGACUUUGGUAACUAAUUUACUUUCCUCCUUUGGUGGCAGUGGUGCGGGCAGUGGCAUCUUAGGUAAUAAGCUUGGAUUCAAGUUCAAUACAGCAACGACUACACGCCGACCUAGAAGAACAACAACGGAAAGAAGCACAGAACCGAAUACUAGUUUCACACCGGAAGUAACUACAACAACGACAACCACACCAGAGUCGUUAGUAAGCACAACAACUGAGGAGACUGAGGAGAUCGUUGGCACUACAACAGGCAUUCCGUUGAUCAUUAGGCCAACAGUGCUUCCUCAGCAUCCAGCAAUCAUUUCAACAAUAGCAACGACAACCACACCAGAGUCGUUAGUAAGCACAACAGCUGAGGAGAUCGUUGGCACUACAACGGGCAUUCCGUUUACCAUUAGGCCAACAGUGGUGCCUCAGCGUCCAGCAAUCAUUACAACAACAGCAAGAGAUCGUGAAUCCACCACUGAGUUGAACAAAGGUUAUGGCUAUGAAAAACCGUGCCAGUGCCAUAGUGAUAAUGAAAUUUUCGAUGGUGAUAUAAGGGCCCGUUUCUAA